AUGAGAUUCAUAAAAACAAUAACACUUAUUACUGCAAUACUUGCUGUUCUGCUGAUGCUGGGAAGAGUGUCAGCAGGCAGCCAGCCAAAGGCAAUCAGCGCAUACGGGUGCGGCAAUGCAAACUGCAAGGACAAGAACUGUGCUUCAUCCAAUGUCUGCAACGAUGCAAAGUGCACACCCGAGACAUGCAGUAAAAAGGCAGGAGAGUGUGAAAAUGGAGAAGACUGCACAGGAGAUGACUGCAGCGGCAAAAACUGCAAUGGAAAGAACUGCGAGAAGGGAAACUGCAACGGAAAAGAGUGCUGCAAAUAG